AUGGACCUCCCCUGGCUCUUCUCAACAUACACUCCCUCCUCCGCCUGCGAAAUCAGCCCCCACGUCCCCUUAUCCCCAGAUCACUUCGCCACCGAAUCAGACGAAGUCAUCGCCCUGACCCAAAGCCUCGCAUCUCUGCCCUACGAUCCAGAAACAUGGCUCAAUCGCGCACAUUCCCUUCGUUUGUUGGGCUACCCGGAACUCAGUCUCGGCGACGCAUAUAAAGCCCGUCUACUCGUCGAAGCGGGCCUUGAUCCUAUGCCUUCAAUCCUAGGUGAGGAUGUAAGGAAAGCCUCAAGAAAGAAAAUUCAUGUCCUGCAUACCACGGACCCAGCGUGGAAGAGAUGGGCGCAUACCGUGUCAACACCUCAACUACUCGCCGAAAAGGUGGGGGAAAUGCUGAAGAGGCUAGAAUUGCAGGUCUGGACCGAGCUGAUGGAGGGUCUCAUGGCGGCGAAUUGCGCGAGGGAUUAUCAGCGCUUGGCGAGGGAGGCGGUGGAGAAGUUUCCAGAGGAUGAGUUCUUCCCGAGCGAGGUCGUUAAUGCGAAUUCUUGGUUUGCGCAGAGGAAGGUGUUGCUGGAGCAGGCGGUUGAGAGGGGCGAGAUGAGUGAGGGCAGUGCGGAGACGACGUUGGGGAAUGGGGGGGUGUAUCCGGUGGCUUAUCCGUGGAUGAGUGAGGGGAAUGGGUUUCUUGGGCGAAGCGAGGAGGUGUUUGAGGGUAUUCAGGAGGAUUUCAGGAGGGUUUCUGAUAACUGCAUGGUAGUCCGAAGCACAAUCCGCAACACCCCAGCCGGCGAUGGACAAGAAGCAACAACAGAAGAGGACUGCAUCGGCGCCAUCGCAACCCGACCUAUCCUCGCCGGCGAGACAAUCCUAAUAGACAGCAUGUCCACCGGCACCGUAGGCGUCGACGCCGACCCCGACGGCUGUCCCACCUGCUGCGCAUCCCCCGUCUCCAAUUUCUGGAAUACCUGCUGCCCAACCCUCUACUGUUCCCAAACCUGCGCCUCCCUCGCCCUAUCCACAUUCCACGCCCCCCUCUGCGGCAAAGACGUCUCCUACCUCUACGAAGCCGCUAAAAAAGCCACCGCCACAACAGACUUCUCACUCGAUGCCCUGCUCCUCCUUCGCGUCCUAGCUCUAACGCUAGAAGAAGCCAAAGAACACCCCUUACUAAGUAAAGUCCUCGUGAGACUAACCCCCGCAUACGGCUUCAAGAACCCAAACCUCAUCAUCUUUAACUUUACCGAUCACAUCCAAACCCCCACAUCCAUCCUCCUCACCCUCGGCAUCGACGUCUUCGCCGCCCCUACAUACGAUACUUGGGUCUUGCACACGAUCAAAUGCCGCUUGCAGAACAACAAGCACGGACAGACGCUCGGCGAUUGGCCCGGCACGAGUAUCAGUGGCUUGUAUAGUAUGCUGAAUCAUAGCUGUGAGCCGAAUGUGGAUUGGAGGCAUGAGAGCGCGAGUUGUGCGGUUACGAUGUUUGCUACGAGGGAGGUGGCGGUCGGGGAGGAGUUGUGUAUUAGUUAUAUUGGGGCGAGGGGGGAUGGGUUGGGGGUGCGGGAGAGGAGGAGGAUGUUGAUGGGGUGGUUUGGGAUGGAUUGUGGGUGUGGCAGGUGUGUUAGGGAGGCGAGGGAGGAGGAGGAGGGUCUGAAAACGGAAUUAGAGGCUGGGAUGAAGACGUUGGCUGUGCUGUGAGAGGUCUCUUUUGCUUUCGAGUGCUCGUAGAUGGUUGCCUGAAUAGACUUUGAAUCACAAUUGCAUAUUUUGCGGAUUUGUUCGCUGCCUCAUUUCUUAAGGAGGUCUC